AACAUACCCGCCCUGUUCUCCAGAACGAGGAGUUAGGGGAAAUUAAGUUGUUUGACAUCAACUAGCCAGUAGAAAUACUUUUUAGAUCACGUGAAAAUAAUUUUGCACGAUAGUGAUGAAGUUCGUUAAUAGGUGUGGUGUAUAGGGUUAGUAUAAGUAUUACACUUCCCAAAGGAUAUUUUGUAAACAUUUCGAAGUUACCUUCUAAGCUUGGGAAAGCGGUGCAUUUUUUUCCCGUUCUACAUCCAGACUCAACUCAUCACCAUCUCAUCAUGCCUUUCCCCUUCGGGAAGUCUCAGAAGAGCCCAGCAGAGAUUGUGAAGAGUCUGAAGGAGAACGUGGCUUACUUGGAAAAGCUGGAUGCGGCAGAAAGCAAAAAAUGUGAAAAGGUUGCAGAAGAGGUGUCGAAGAACCUGUCAUCUCUGAAAGAGGUGCUGUGUGGUACAGGGGACAAGGAGCCCCAAACGGAGGCAGUUGCCCAACUGGCCCAGGAGCUCUACAACACCAACCUCCUUAUUGCUCUCAUUGCAAACCUGCAAAGGAUUGAUUUCGAGGGAAAGAAGGAUGUGGUCCAGCUGUUCAGCAACAUUGUACGGCGUCAGAUUGGCACCCGUACGCCCACUGUUGAGUAUAUCUCCUCACACCCACAGAUCCUCUUCAUGCUGCUGAAAGGGUACGAGAGUGCAGAAGUGGCUCUGAACUGUGGGAUGAUGCUAAGGGAGUGCCUGCGUCAUGAGCCCCUGGCGCGCAGCGUUCUUUUCUCUGAAGACUUCUACUGCUUCUUCCGCUAUGUAGAGCUGUCCACCUUUGACAUCGCCUCAGAUGCUUUCGCUUCAUUCAAGGAUCUUCUCACGAGACAUAAGAUUAUGUGCGCCGAUUUUCUGGAGACCAAUUAUGACAGGGUGUUUACAGAAUAUGAGAAGCUACUGCAUUCUGAGAAUUAUGUCACCAAACGGCAGUCCCUGAAGCUCCUGGGAGAGCUUCUUCUGGACAGACAUAACUUCACUGUGAUGACCAAGUACAUCAGUCGUGCAGAGAACUUGAAGAUGAUGAUGAACAUGCUGCGAGACAACAGUCGCAACAUCCAGUUUGAGGCCUUCCAUGUCUUCAAGGUGUUUGUGGCCAACCCCAACAAGACUCAGCCUGUGCUGGACAUUCUGCUGAAGAACCAGGCCAAGCUGGUGGACUUCCUGAGCCACUUCCAGACAGAUCGCUCUGAGGACGAACAGUUCUGUGAUGAGAAGAACUACCUGAUCAAGCAGAUCCGCGACCUGAAGAGGCCCCCGCCACCAGAGGAGGCGUGAGGGGACAGGCAGGGGGACGCCAGUUCAGAGGUAGAGAGUGAGAAUGAUGGUGAGAGCGAGCGAGGGAGUCAUGCUUGACUAGAAUCUAUUACUCUUCCCUUCUCUUAACUUCAAACAUAGGAAAAAUAUAUUGUACAAACUCCCUCCUCAUCCCUUUUUAAGUUUCUAAUGCUCAUGUGGGAACGGAGGUAAUUUUUAAGGCACACACAACAAGAGUGACCCAAGAACAGUUAUUUAAACCCAAGAACAGCUAUUUCAACCAAUUCGUAUGAAUCAAUGCACUUUGUCAGAUGAUGUUAUAUUGGACCUUAAACACGCCAUUAUUCUCUUAAGCACAGUAGCACACCUGAGCAAUUUCCUGGGAAAUUAGGAUACGUGGUCAACACAAAACGGAAUAAACUCUUGACAACAGGCAAAGUCUCACCAAACUUUACAGGAAAUGUGAAAUGGAUUUGCAAGCUUUUAAAAGGCGAUGUCCUAUAUGAUAUUUUAGGACCUAGAAUUUUUAAAUCAAGAUAUUAUUUUGCUGGCGUUAUUCUAUAAUAGUUAACAUUUUAUUUUGUAACUAUCUUGAUUCUAACACCACACUUAACAAAUUCCAUAAUAUCUUGGUUUAUUGCUUUAUUUAAGAGAUCUUUCAUUGAUCUGGGACUUUUAAUAUGUGGAUGACCUUAGUGGUAUUAUUCUUUGCUUGGGAUAGACACUUAGGUUGAAGUAGGUCUUUAGUUGAUAACUACGUAAUUAUCUUCAGUCCAGCUCCUAACAGCAUACAAAGUGACAAUAGAAAGCUCAAAGAUGCGAGUCCUCUGCAUCAGUUGUCCUAAUAGAAUCCAUCAGAGAUGGCAGUAAAAAAAAAAUGAAACAUGAAUCGUGAACAUUUGUGAGGUAGGAGCCAGGCUAGUAGGAGCCAGGCUAGUAGGAGCCAGGCUAGUAGGAGCCAGGCUAGUAGGAGCCAGGCUGGUAGGAGCCAGGCUGGUAGGAGCCAGGCUAUAGUAGACUAAAAUAGACUGUCAGAUAACGCUGCAGGGUGACCAUAGGCAGCCAUCCAUUCUUUACUCUGAUUGAUCCCAAUGAUGGCACUCUCUUUUUUCCCUGCCCAGAUGCUCGCUAGUUUUCAUAUGCAGUUAGGAACUGGUGUGAGAUAGGAAGAUGUUUUUUCUUUCAGAAAUGAUCACUUAAUAAUAUUGCUUUGCAGACAACUGAUAAGAUGUAUCCUCCCAAUAAUAUUACUAACACGUAUCUUAUCGGACAACAAUAAUGCAACACAAAAGUAACACUGUAAUGUUGCAGUGCAACAGAAUCUGCCCGAGCUCUGAUACUCCUAAGAUGCUAGUAAGCGUGGGCUUCCAUGAGCUGCAUGCUGUGUUUCAGGCCUCACUCUCAUGCAGUUAGAUGCACUUUUCAGGAAGCCAUUGCAGAGGCCUGUGAUUGGACCCUUUUUUUCAAUUUUCGCCUAAAAUGACAUACCCAAAUCUAACCGCCUGUAGCGCAUGACCUGAAGCAAGGAUAUGCAUAUUCUUGAUACCAUUUGAAAGGAAACACUUUGAAGUUUGUGGAAAUGUGAAAUUAAUGUAGGAGAAUAACACAUUUAGAUCUGGUAGAAGAUAAUACAAAGAAAAAAAACAUGCGUUUUUGUUCCAUCUUCGAAAUGCAAGAGAAAGGCCAUAAUGUACUAUUCCAGGUUAGGCACAAUUUAGAUUUGGCCACUAGAUGGCAGCAGUGUAUGUGCAAAAUUUUAGACUGAUUCAAUGAAACAUUGCAUUUCUGUUCAAAAUGUUGUAUCAAGACUGCCCAAAUGUGCCUAAUUGGUUUAUUAAUACAUUUUCAAGUUCAUAACUGUGCACUCUCCUCAAACAAUAGCAUGGUAUUCAUUCAAGAAUUUCAAGCUUUCUGCCCAUAUCCGAUAUGUCUACUGUAUGUCCUGGGAAAUCUUCUUGUUACUUACAACCUCAUGCUAAUCACAUUAGCCUACGUUAGCACAACCGUCCCGUGGUGGUGGUGGUGGGGGGCACUGAUCCCGUAGAAGUUAUACACAUUAAAUGUUCCACAUAAUGACCUGCAUUGUCAAACUUGAAGCCAAUUGGGAUGAUUUAUGUUGAAUCCAAAGCACCAAAUUGGCCACAUUCUCUUAAUGGGUGUUCGACUCUAUCAAUAAUUACUUUGUAAAUUUCCCAGAUGAACAAAAAAAAGAGUAUCUUGAAAUGACAGCAUUUUUACCUUACCUGGUGUCACUUAAAUUGCAUAAAACAGAUUACAAAAAUAUAUGGUGUCUGUUUUGCACAAUUCUUGUAUAUACCUCAUGGGGUUUUGAGUUCAUAAGUGCUGUGUUCUCUACUUUCCUUGACAAGAUAUUUGAUUUGAUAUUUUGGAUAAACCGCAUUGGUUUGUAUUAUGCAUGCUAAAUAAAUCUAUGUUUUUGUUUGAACUUAAGCAGGGAGUGGGACCUGGUUUUCUCUUAGGGGAAAGACUUCAACUAAAUGUAUUUGUUGGGUGCCUCAUGUCAAUUCAUAAUGAAUUACAGGAUUGGCCCCACAAAAGUAUGAAUGUUGCCUUACUUUCAGAAUUUUUAUUUGAUUGUUAAGACCAUGUAUGUGCUCAAUUUUCUUAACCAAAGGUAAUUUGAGGUGGAAAAUAAUGCAUUUCAAGUCCCAAACAUAACGCCAACUUCACAGGCCCAGAUAAAAUUCAUUUUAAUUGGUAAAUAAUUAACUGCAAAUGUGAUAAACCAUGAAUGGAAUACUUCUGGACUAGAGACGGUAUUCUAGGACUUUUGGAAAAAGUGCAGUUUAGUACUACUGUAGGCUUAAUCUGGGUCACUAUAAUCAGCCAACAUACUAUUAUUUAUUGGAAUUUCAGAUCACCUGUUUUGUGGUACACCAAGCAUUAAUCAAAAUGUUUUAUCACAACUUCAAACUGAAUAAUUUCUUAGAGGAAAUCAAAUAUAAAGCUAAAUGUUUCAGAUCAUUUUCAGACCUCUGGUUACUUGGCUAGUAUAACAACUCAAUGGCAAUAUACAAUUAUCAAGGCUAAAUAAUUGUUGGGUGAUUCAGAAUUUUCAUUUUGAACUUUAAAAUGUUUAUGCUUUACGUUUUUCACUCUGUUUCCCAUAGGCUUUGUGUAUCUGAUGUAUUUUUACUGUGGGAAAGAUUAAAUGUGUACAUAGCUUUAUUUUAAAAGGUGAAUGUGUGGAAACAUUAAAAAAAUGUAAGACUCCA